CCGCUGUGCGUCAAGAUUCGAUCUCGUGGGUGGCACAUGCCGCCGCCGACCCGACGACGAUCCGUGCGACGUCAACAGAGAGAGAGAGAGAGAGACGCGAAUUCAAAACGGCCCGGAGAGUAGCCGCGAGUGGUCGCGAGUCAGCCGGAGUCGUCGUACGUGUCACGUUGCGAGUCACGUGCGGGCCGUAAUUGUCGCGUUCCCGUGGCGGGCGUACGCUCGCUGGGAAAACAACACGCAACGUCGCGAACGUCGUCUCGCUCGAGGAGGGAACGUUCCUGUAAACGUCCGUACUGCGUUGUAAAUUGCGGACUGGAGACCGAAAAAAAAAACGCUAGUUCUGGCUCGUGAGAGAGAGAGAGGAACCCUUUCAGUCAGCACGGGACGACGUUAAGUCUGACAUAAAGAGCACGUGAAAACACAGGUUGUUUAUAUCUUAUCAAUGAGACCGGGUCUGACAUGUCUUACACUGAACUGGAACAUGGUUACCAAGGUCUCAGGAAUGCGAGCAGACCGAUGUUCUACAUAGGGGACAUAAAUACAGUGCAGCCGUCUGUUAUUCCCUCGCUCUACCGCUCGUCGAAAAGACCCGAAUUAUCAGACGGCACGCAAGAUGAUGCUUAUAUGGGCGGGAGUGAUGUGGAAGGAGAGGGAAAGCAAGUCCUGGUUGGGAUAUGCGCAAUGGCGAAGAAGUCUCAGAGUAAACCGAUGAAAGAGAUUUUAACAAGGCUCGAGGAAUUCGAGUACAUAAAAAUUGUCGUCUUCCCAGAAGAAGUGAUAUUGAAGGAACCUGUAGAAGACUGGCCUAUAGUCGACUGCUUAAUAAGUUUCCACAGUAAAGGCUUUCCCCUUGAUAAAGCUAUAAGUUAUGCGAAUUUACGUAAACCGUUUAUCAUCAAUCAUCUCCCGAUGCAGUACGAUAUUCAGGACCGAAGAAGAGUUUAUGCUAUACUGGAAAGCGAGGGCAUCGAAAUUCCGCGGUAUGCCGUUCUCGACAGAGAUUCACCGGAUCCGAAACAGCACGAAUUGGUGGAGUCGGAGGAUCACGUGGAGGUGAACGGUGUUACUUUCAACAAACCAUUCGUGGAAAAACCAGUAUCCGCCGAAGAUCAUAAUAUCUAUAUUUACUAUCCUACUUCGGCUGGCGGUGGAAGUCAGAGAUUAUUUAGAAAGAUAGGUAGCCGUAGUAGCGUAUAUUCUCCAGAAUCUCGCGUACGCAAGAGCGGCUCUUAUAUCUAUGAAGAUUUUAUGCCUACCGAUGGCACCGACGUUAAAGUUUACACCGUGGGGCCUGAUUACGCUCACGCCGAGGCGAGGAAGAGCCCCGCUCUGGACGGCAAAGUCGAGAGAGAUUCGGAGGGCAAGGAAAUACGUUAUCCGGUGAUAUUGAACAACGCCGAGAAACUCAUUAGCAGGAAGGUAUGUUUGGCCUUCAAGCAAACGGUGUGCGGCUUCGAUUUACUAAGGGCAAACGGCCAGUCGUUCGUGUGCGACGUGAACGGAUUUAGUUUUGUAAAGAACUCGAACAAGUAUUACGAUGACUGUGCCAAGAUCUUGGGGAAUAUGAUACUUAGGGAACUGGCUCCAACGUUGCAUAUUCCGUGGAGCGUUCCCUUCCAACUGGACGAUCCUCCUAUCGUGCCAACCACGUUUGGCAAAAUGAUGGAAUUGCGCUGUGUCGUGGCAGUUAUUAGGCAUGGUGACAGAACCCCAAAGCAGAAGAUGAAAGUAGAAGUGCGUCAUCCGAAAUUUUUUGAGAUAUUUGCAAAGUACGAUGGCUACAAGCACGGACAUGUCAAGCUAAAACGGCCUAAACAACUGCAAGAGAUUCUCGAUACAGCGCGUAGUUUACUAGCGGAAAUACAGCAUCGAGCGGCGGGACCCGAGUUGGAAGAAAAACAAGGGAAAUUGGAGCAACUCAAGAGUGUCUUAGAAAUGUAUGGACAUUUCUCUGGCAUAAAUCGCAAAGUCCAAUUAAAGUAUCAACCGCGAGGACGACCGCGGGGAAGUUCUUCCGACGACGGUAGCGAUCUUAACCGACUAGGGGAGCCGUCUCUCGUUCUGAUAUUGAAAUGGGGCGGAGAACUGACGCCGGCCGGACGUAUUCAGGCGGAGGAAUUGGGACGCAUAUUCCGCUGCAUGUACCCCGGUGGUCAAGAGGAAGAAUCAGAGAUGUUACCAAACCACGGUGAAUACGCAGGUGCGCAAGGAUUGGGUUUGUUACGCCUGCACUCCACGUUUCGCCACGACUUGAAGAUCUACGCCAGCGACGAGGGACGCGUUCAAAUGACCGCGGCGGCCUUCGCGAAGGGACUGCUCGCGCUGGAGGGAGAGCUGACGCCUAUCCUGGUGCAGAUGGUGAAAAGCGCGAAUACCAAUGGCCUUCUGGACAACGAUUGCGACAGUAGCAAAUAUCAGAAUAUGGUAAAAACGCGCUUGCACGAGCUGCUGCAGCAGGACAGAGAAUUCACCCGGGAGGAUCGUGAGCAGAUCAAUCCGGGAAACGCGCUUAGCAUCAACGCCGCUUUGGACUGCGUCAAGAACCCGGUCAGGUGCUGCCAGCACGUUCACACGCUCAUCCAGAAGCUCCUGGACAUCGUGCGAAUCAAGAAGGAGGAUCCGAAGACGAAGGACACGAUACUCUAUCACGGCGAAACGUGGGAGCUGAUGGGUCGUCGCUGGGGAAAGAUAGAAAAGGACUUUUGCACGAAGAACAAACGUUUCGACAUAUCUAAAAUUCCCGAUAUUUACGAUUGCAUAAAAUACGACCUGCAGCACAACAAUCAUACGUUGCAGUUCGAACACGCGGAAGAGUUGUACACGUACGCUAAGUCUCUGGCGGACAUAGUAAUACCUCAGGAAUAUGGUUUGACGGUACAAGAGAAACUGACUAUCGGUCAGGGUAUAUGCACGCCUUUAUUGAAGAAAAUAAGGGCUGAUCUACAACGAAAUAUCGAGGAAUCUGAGGAGACUGUUAAUAGGCUUAAUCCUAGAUAUUCCCACGGUGUCUCGAGUCCGGGACGCCACGUACGUACGAGGCUGUACUUCACAAGCGAGAGUCAUGUACAUUCCUUGCUGACCGUGUUACGUUAUGGUGGUUUACUCGACAUGGUGAAAGAUGAGCAGUGGCGGCGCGCAAUGGAAUACGUCAGUAUGGUCUCCGAGUUGAACUACAUGUCGCAAAUUGUCGUUAUGUUGUACGAGGACCCGACCAAGGAUCCAUGCAGCGAGGAGCGCUUUCAUGUUGAGCUGCACUUCAGUCCCGGCGUUAACUGUUGCGUGCAGAAGAACUUGCCGCCUGGUCCCGGAUUCAGACCGCACUCGCGCAAUGAGAGCAGUCAUAACGUGGGGGAGAGCGGUGGGUCUGGUCAGGACACCAGUUCACAAUGUAGCACCCGCAUAGAGGAGGAAGAUGCGGAAUUGGGUAUUAUCGAGGAUGAUCUAAAUACCACGGCGCAAGCUGUGAGUACCAGUUUGCUUAUAGAUCGCAUAGUUAAAGAUACGCCCCCGCCAUUAACCGAAACGGACACUGUGGACUCCAUGUUGGACAGUCCAACGACCAGCCGUGGGAUCGACAUGAUGGAUUUGGAUCCGAAUAUGAUGGACGAACCGUACGAUAGCGGAUUUUUGCAGAGCUCGGCACCGAUUCCCAUCAGCGCCAGAACCGUGGCUGGACAUGAAGCUGCGAGACUUAGCAGCCAACUGGCGGCGAGUCAGCGACAACGGCGAAGCAGGGAGGUGGGGAGCAUCGUGGAACCGCGCGCGCGAAGCUACGACCAUCAGCGGCAAGAAAAACCCGAGAAAGCUGCGGACAAGCUGCAGUAUCAGAGCUUGGACGCGGUCAACAAGGAAGCCGCGGGGUCAACGCCGGAGGAAUCCCGCGACGAGAAACACACGUGGAAGUCGGCGACGCUGCUGCAGUCGCACAGCUCGCCGGAGCUACCGGUCUCGUCGGACGAGAGCUUCGCUUCCUCGUGCUCGCUUCGCAAUGCGCGCAACGAUAGACAGCUAUCCGCCAACCCUUGCUCGUUGCCCGAUCCGUCGUCGUCGUACGCGACCGUCAGCGGCCUGCCACCAGUGCGGACUACCACCGGGUACCGUGGCCGCGGCAGAAAGUACGAACGCUCGCACUCCGAAGUGACCUUGCUCUCAUCCGUCGAACUGUGCGACACGCGAUCGCGGAUCAUUCAACCUGAUCCUACCUGCACAGCAAGGCGCCACCGUCACAGUAUCUCCGGACAGAUGAGUUAUUUCAAGCUGCUGGGCUACAGUGUCAGCAAGAAACUCACUGGCUCGGCCAACAGCCUCUUCAGCACCGCCGUGAUAAGCGGCUCCUCGAGCGCGCCGAACCUGAAGGACAUGGUACCACCUCAUGCGUCUGCGGUCGCCGCGAUUGAAGGCUUCGGCGGGGUGCCCCCCAUCAGGCCGCUGGAAACACUGCACAACGCGUUGUCGCUACGUCAACUGGACUCCUUCCUGGAGAUGAUGACCACGGCGCCGUUGUACAGGACCCCGGCCUCGUCGCCACCCAAAUCGUCGCCGGCCGGAUCGACGCACGAGUCGCUGAAUCCGCCCCUCGUCCACGCCGGGAUCAGUCGCGAGUAUCACUCUUCCGACGCGGAAGCUGUCAGGUACAUUAUGCCGACACCGAUACAGUAUAAGCCUCUCGGCGAAGCGGAAACGUGUCAUACCGGGAAUCUACCGUCACCUACUAGCCCGAACAGCACGGGAUGGAGUAGCGAGCCGCAGUCUUUUCUGUCCUCCGAGCCGUCGUCACCUGCGCCAACGUCGACCGGCGAAUGCAGUAUGUCUAUAAGUUUAAUCAGCAACGAGAGUGCUCAACUGUUUAUCGCGCCGAAAUUCUCCCCGACCUCUUGCCUGGACGUCGACUUUAACGAAUUUUGUAUUCGUCUCGAUCAAGAGAAUCGCGAGAGUCGCGGCAGCGUCUCAUAUACGGAUUAUUACAGCAACGAGGACGGCCAGAUACGCAAAAUAACGCAAAUACCGCAAGUGAUACAGUCGGGCGCCGGCGGCGCGCAGACGAAGCUCGUGUGCGGCGACGACGUUCCCUGCGACAAUCUCGACGAAGACGAGGAUCACACGUUGACUUUGAAACAGAGCGAGGAGCAAAAGAAGCAGGACCUUAAAUCGAUAUUCGAGCAGAGGGACGACGUUAAUCCCGCGAAAUUAAGCGGCAGCUACAAGAAGAUCGGACGUUUCGUGGUGGAAAGCACGGAUAUAUCGCACGGCGACGUGCGAAUCAGGGACAUCAAGGACACCGACAAGGACGCCGGUACUUCCGACAAAGCGAAACUCUCUACCUCUCAGAAAUCCGACACCUCGAGCACGGGUAAAUCUUCCGUCGCGGAAAGGACAAAGAGGGACUCGAAAAAGAGCGGCGGCGGCUCGCACGUCAGUUCGCCGAAGCGAAAGAACUUCUCUCGCUCGCAGAGCGUCACGACGCCGAAGCAGGUCGCGCCGAAUCCUGAGGCGACUUACAGCUACACGAGGCAGAGCUCGUUCUCGACCAUGUCGGACGCGGAUCUGGAAAGCUGGAAACUGAGCGCGGAGUCCUCGAGAACGAGCCAGCAGGAGGAGGAACCUAUACUCACCGUGGCCAGCAGUCUCACGGAUAGCUCUAAUGUUACCGUGGGCUUCGACGUUAAAGAGGAGGAAAAGAACUAGAUCGCGAAUUAAUUUACUCUGAGAUGUUUUUUGACACCCACGUGAUAUUAGGUCUGUUCUUACUACGUAGCAUUUUAUGCUACUAAAGUUUUAGAAGGAUAGAGUUUCCUAGCGUGAGAAAGGUAUUAAAAUACAGCAAGUAUUAAGCAGAGGGCAAGACAGUCAUAUUGAUGUUUCGUAGCAUUACUCACUAAGGCUGAUAAAAGUAUAACAACCAGGACCAGAGUCGUUCGACUAGAGAGAGAGUUUUAACUAAUAGCGGAACUUUUAAAAACCCCGUCUCCUUCCAACCCUGAUUAUACAAAUGAGAUAUUAAAUCAAAUAAAGACGAUAUAUAUUCUUGUUUUAGCUCGAGGAGGAUAUUUCUAGAAAGCGAUUAAUCUCUCGCUCUGUGACUUAAAAAGAAUAUAUUUUAUCAAUACAGAUAGAAUAAUUACGUUAGUUUACCACCCUAAAUGAAGUAGCAAGCGAUUUAGAAUGUUAUGAGUCUUUUGUAACAAAAAGAUCAACGAAUUGCUCGACUGAUAAUAGUGAGAGAGAAAAAUUAAUCCUUUUAAAUAAAAUUUAAAUAAAAUCCUUUUACUUACAUAUCAUUAUCUGCGCGCUUUAAUUUGUUUUUGAUUUUACAUAUUUACAUGUUUAGAUUAUUAAUAUAAUUUUUUGUGAGGGUCUGUUUUAAAAGAAAUUGAUAAGCAAUUUUAAUUAAGUGAAUUGACGAUACAUUUUCGAUCGCUUAUUUUAAGAUUCUUAAACAAAUAACGUUUCGCGCAGCAAUAUUCUUUAGGAUCAUCGCUAUUGACUGUGAAUCGUAAUUACGCGCGUAGAAGAUUACCUCUUUCCUAAAGAGAUUACCGCAGAUGUACAAAUGCUAUGUAGAUAAACAUAGCCAUUAUACGUGUGCUUCACUUAAGUUUAAGGAUGACUAAAUAGAAGAAGAGAAGGGCGGAGGAAAAAAGUACGUGUGAUCGGGAAAGAUGUAGCUUAGAAAGAAAUGUAAAAAUGUACUUUACUGCAUUUUUUCUGUUCUUUUCAACCGAGAUACGUUACAUUAGUUUUUUAAAUUAAUAGUCAGAUAUUCCUGAAGUUACCGAAAGAGACUGAAAAUUCAUGUAUACCCUAGCUAACGCUGUUGAAUAACAACGAAAAUAUCCAUUAGACAUCUUAUUUCGUACGGCUGCGUAUGUAGGAGGACAUUACGUUCCUUACAUUCCCCCCCCCCCCCCGUGUAUAGUGGUAAAUAUUGGAGAGAAGGAUUUUAUCCGAGCCAAAGAAAAUACUGGUUAAGACGAUACAAAUAUAAGCUUGAAGUUGCACGAACGAAUAUCCCAAGUGUUCAUGGACACUUGACACGCGCGGCUUCCGAUAUUGCGAACCAGUACAGAGAAUAUGUAAUAAUUAUUAACUGCAAAUUAGUCGUACUUAUAAAAUAGUAAACUGCGUGCUCAUAGAUACGCGAAAUAUAUGUAUGUAAAUAUAUAUAUCUAUGUUACGAAUGUUUUAAUAAAACAACCUGAAAAGGAACUUGUUCGUUUAG